CGGCCACGGGCGGCAAAGCGGAAAAGUCGGGAAGAACUGGAAAGGCCGAGUGGAAAAGUCUCCUAAAAACAGGACCCCAAGUAUAUGUAGAAACCGAAGAAACGCGAGUGCGGAAAAGCGUUGCAGUGGAAAUUGCGGACAGGCGGAAACCGCGUUUCGCUUACAUUGUCCAGCCGUAGUAUCGGCAUCUCGAGUGCGUGAAUAUUUGAACGAGCAUUUCAGCAUCGCAUUGCAAAAUCAAUUCUCGAGUGAGCCUUUAAAAACACGCAAAUUGAAACCGAAAUAGAGAGAAAAAAACGCACAACCGCAGAAACAAAAACCGAAAUGUGUCUCGGGAUAAUCGUCAGCCAAAUUGCAUUUCCAUUGCGACAUUAAAAUGCAAUUUGGGCGGGUCGCCGACUCCAGUUACUGUCAAACUGUUGCCUCUUUAGCGGAUUAAUAUUUCUGUAAAUACCACCCAAAGAGUUGAACGAAACAAAAAAAAAGCGCACAAGAAAAACAGGCGGAAAAACAGAAAAUUCAUCAGCAACAGCACAGCAGUCAAACAUGUCGACCAUAAAGCUGCUCAUUAUCGGUCAACUUUGGCUCUCGAUUGGCCUGAUCUCCGGGGACGAUUCGCUGGACACGCGUGAGGGCGUCGAUCUGGUGCUCAAGUGCCGCUUCACCGAGCAUUACGACUCGACCGACUUCACCUUCUACUGGGCGCGAUGGACCUGCUGCCCCACAUUGUUCGAGAACGUGGCCAUUGGCGAUGUGCAGCUCAACUCGAAUUAUCGCUUGGACUUCCGACCCAGUCGCGGAAUUUACGAUUUGCAAAUCAAAAACACAUCUUAUAAUCGAGAUAAUGGACGCUUUGAGUGCCGCAUCAAGGCGAAGGGAACGGGCGCGGAUGUCCAUCAGGAGUUCUACAAUCUGACCGUGCUGACGGCUCCACAUCCGCCGAUGGUCACUCCCGGCAAUUUAGCAGUGGCCACCGAAGAGAAGCCAUUGGAGUUGACCUGCAGCAGUAUUGGUGGCUCACCAGAUCCAAUGAUAACCUGGUACCGAGAGGGCAGCACAGUGCCACUGCAGUCGUAUGCUCUGAAGGGCGGAUCGAAGAACCACUAUACAAACGCCACACUCCAAAUUGUUCCCCGACGGGCCGACGAUGGCGCCAAGUACAAAUGCGUCGUCUGGAAUCGUGCCAUGCCCGAGGGUCAUAUGCUGGAGACCAGCGUCACGCUGAAUGUCAACUACUAUCCCCGAGUGGAGGUCGGACCCCAGAAUCCUUUAAAAGUAGAACGGGAUCAUGUGGCGAAACUGGACUGCAGAGUGGAUGCCAAACCGAUGGUUAGCAAUGUGCGAUGGUCCCGAAAUGGUCAAUAUGUGAGUGCCACGCCCACCCACACCAUAUAUAGAGUAAAUCGCCAUCAUGCCGGGAAGUACACCUGCAGUGCGGACAACGGCUUGGGCAAAACUGGCGAAAAAGAUAUAGUCUUGGAUGUUCUAUAUCCGCCGAUUGUGUUUAUCGAAUCGAAAACGCACGAAGCGGAGGAAGGUGAAACGGUUUUGAUUCGUUGCAAUGUCACCGCAAAUCCAUCGCCCAUCAAUGUCGAAUGGCUAAAAGAAGGAGCUCCGGACUUCCGAUACACUGGCGAGCUCUUAACCCUCGGUUCAGUGAGGGCUGAGCACGCCGGAAACUAUAUCUGCAGAUCGGUGAACAUUAUGCAACCGUUCAGUUCGAAACGUGUAGAGGGUGUGGGCAAUUCCACGGUGGCUCUAUUGGUUCGACAUCGGCCGGGCCAGGCUUAUAUAACUCCGAAUAAGCCAGUCGUUCAUGUGGGCAAUGGUGUGACUCUAACCUGUUCAGCGAAUCCGCCCGGAUGGCCUGUACCCCAAUACCGAUGGUUCCGAGAUAUGGAUGGUGACAUUGGAAAUACACAGAAAAUUUUAGCGCAAGGUCCACAGUACUCUAUACCGAAAGCUCACUUGGGAAGCGAGGGCAAGUACCACUGUCAUGCGGUCAACGAGUUGGGAAUUGGUAAAAUAGCCACCAUAAUCUUAGAGGUACAUCAGCCACCCCAGUUUCUGGCCAAACUACAGCAACAUAUGACACGUCGGGUGGGCGAUGUAGACUAUGCGGUCACCUGCAGUGCCAAGGGAAAGCCUACACCGCAAAUUCGAUGGAUCAAAGAUGGUACCGAGAUUCUGCCCACUCGCAAGAUGUUUGAUAUAAGAACUACACCCACGGAUGCCGGUGGCGGAGUGGUGGCGGUGCAAAGUAUACUGAGAUUCAGGGGUAAGGCUAGACCGAAUGGAAACCAACUACUUCCGAACGAUAGAGGUCUGUAUACUUGCCUUUACGAAAACGACGUAAAUUCGGCCAAUUCUUCAAUGCAUCUGAGGAUCGAGCACGAACCGAUAGUCAUUCAUCAGUACAACAAAGUGGCCUACGAUCUUCGAGAAUCCGCUGAGGUUGUCUGCAGGGUUCAGGCCUAUCCGAAACCGGAGUUUCAAUGGCAAUACGGCAACAAUCCUUCGCCAUUGACCAUGUCUUCGGAUGGUCAUUAUGAAAUUAGUACGAGAAUGGAGAAUAAUGAUGUGUACACCUCCAUUUUGAGGAUAGCACACUUGCAGCACUCUGAUUACGGAGAAUAUAUUUGCAGAGCUGUAAAUCCUUUGGACAGCAUAAGAGCACCAAUAAGACUGCAACCCAAAGGAUCGCCAGAGAAACCCACCAAUUUAAAGAUCCUCGAAGUUGGUCACAACUAUGCCGUCCUAAACUGGACACCGGGAUUUAAUGGCGGCUUUAUGAGCACCAAAUAUCUGGUGAGCUACAGGAGAGUGGCAACACCCAGGGAACAAACCCUAUCCGAUUGUUCAGGAAAUGGCUAUAUACCCAGCUAUCAGAUCAGCAGUUCGUCCAGUAAUUCCAACCACGAAUGGAUCGAAUUCAAUUGCUUUAAGGAGAACCCCUGUAAACUCGCACCAUUGGAUCAACAUCAGAGUUAUAUGUUUAAGGUUUAUGCCCUGAAUUCGAAGGGCACCUCGGGAUAUUCGAAUGAGAUAUUGGCCACCACCAAAGUCAGUAAAAUUCCACCGCCUUUGCAUGUUAGCUACGAUCCCAAUUCACAUGUUCUGGGCAUCAACGUGGCCGCCACCUGUCUGUCCCUCAUUGCGGUGGUGGAAUCACUGGUAACCAGGGAUGCCACGGUGCCCAUGUGGGAGAUUGUGGAAACCCUGACUUUGCUCCCGUCGGGCAGCGAAACGACCUUCAAGGAGGCCAUCAUCAAUCAUGUGUCGCGUCCAGCCCACUACACCACCGCCACCACGUCCGGAAGGAGCCUUGGAGUGGGUGGUGGCUCCCACCUGGGCGAGGAUCGCACCAUGGCGUUGGCCGAGACCGCGGGACCCGGUCCAGUGGUGCGGGUCAAACUCUGUCUGAGAUCUAACCACGAGCACUGUGGUGCAUAUGCCAAUGCAGAAAUUGGCAAGUCCUACAUGCCGCACAAAUCCUCCAUGACGACAUCUGCAUUAGUGGCCAUCAUCAUCGCUUCGCUUUCUUUCGUCGUCUUUCUUGGUCUUCUCUACGCUUUUUGCCACUGCCGUAGGAAACAUGCCGCCAAAAAGGAGAGUAGCUCAGUAGGAGGAGGAGUUGGAGGAGGCAACGCUAACGCCACGGCUAAUCCAGGAUCUACCGGUGCCAAAGAGUACGACCUCGACUUGGACGCCAGCCGAAGACCGUCGCUAAGUCAGGAUCCACAGCAAUCGCAACAGCAGCCACCGCCACCACCACCCUACUAUCCCACGGGAACUCUGGACUCCAAGGACAUUGGCAAUGGGAACGGCGGCAUGGAGCUCACCCUCACCGCCCUACACGAUCCUGAUGAGCAGCUGAAUAUGCAACAGCAGCAGCACCACAGCAACCACGGCCAGUAUCAACAGCCCAAAGCCAUACUGGGUAUCUACGGCGGAGUGGCUGGCUCUGGGGGCAACAAUUCCGGCGGACAGCAUCCACAUUCGAACGGCUACGGCUAUCAUGUGACAAGUGCCAUCGGCGUGGACAGCGACAGCUAUCAAGUGCUGCCCUCCGUUGCCAACUCAGCAGCCGGAUCCCACGGACAUGGCAGUGGACACGGACACGGACUAGGAGCCGGAGAGUGGUCAAGCAGCAAUUCGAACGAGAAUAACUACAGUAAUGCCAGGGAUCUGUCGCAGGAGGCAUUGUGGCGCCUCCAAAUGGCCACCGCCCAGUCGCAACAGAUUUACGUGGAGCGACCACCGUCGGCAUUCAGUGGCCUGGUCGACUAUAGUGGCUAUUCGCCGCACAUCCCCACGGUGACCAGUUCGCUCAGCCAACAGAGUUUCAGUCCAACGCAGCAAUUAGCGCCCCACGAAAUGCUGCAGGCCGCCCAGCGUUACGGAACUUUGAGGAAAUCCGGAAAACAACCGCCUCUUCCCCCGCAGCGAAAGGAUAUGCAGCAGCAGGCGAAGCCACCUCAGCAAAUGGCGGAUAUAAUACAGGAUUUGGCAAAUUAAACUAAUUGCCAGUUGAGAGACAACAAGAACAAGAUAAAACAAAAAAAAAAAGGCAACCAAAUACAUUUCGACAUAAGCAUUUGAGUAAGUAAACAUAACAAAAAAUAUAUAGAUAAAAACACAAGCAAAUAAUCAUAAAAUAAAAUGAAAUUUUUUAGCUGUUUAAGUGGCGUGAAAAUUGCUUGCAAUGCAAAAUCAACAUGCAAAAUAAAAAAUCCUUGCCUAUUUCGACCAAAAAACAAGAAAGAGUUCUGUAAAUUUAAAGAACCGAAAGAAAUACGAAAGAGAAUAGUAACUACAACUCCAAUUAGGUUAAGAAUUAAAAAAAGUAAUUCACAAACCUAAUAAUUCCCAAAGGAAGUUUUUUAGCAAGAGAACAAAUUCUCGUAAAAAUCAAUUUCUUCUUCAAAUAUGAGUAUUGACUUUUAAAAAUUUAUAGACUUCAAACAUUUUAUGUUCAAACAUGGGUACAUUUGUAAUAGAUAGUGUUCAAGCGAAAAUCGAAUGCAGUUUUCUGAUUCAGCCCACGUUAUUUUGCUCACUGCUUAUUCUAUUUAUUUAAAAAUAAUAAUACUUUUUCAAAACUGUGGCCAAAAUAUUGAGGUUCAUGGCGACAAACUGCAAAACUACCGCCAUAAUAUUCUGGUCAAAUCAUUGUUAAACCGACAGCCAAACACAAAAGCCACCUUUGAGGUUUCUAUGCAUUUUUUUUUUUAAAUAUGGAAAUUGUUCUCGUUUAAAUCAAAUAAAAGAGACAAAAUGUUCAUUUAAUUGCUUUUCCGCCCAGUCAGCCCAAAAUGCAAAAUAAACAUGACCAAUAAAAAUCAAACUUCGACACAAUGCGAAAAAGGGGAAAGGUUGGCAAAAGUUUUUCGACUCCUCAUUAGCUUUUGUCUCCAUUGGGGCAUUAAAUUGGAACGAAUAUUUGUUUGCUCGGUUCGACUAAUUGCGCUGCUAAUUUCAAUUGUUCGCAUUGUCGGCAAGCAAUAAUAAUGCAAAAAUUGUAAUUACAAAUUAACAAUUGGUCGUCUGGGUCCCUCGGUGACCUAAAAUUAGAUUGUGUAAAUUUGCAAAUUAAUUUGCCAUUGCACAAAGAGCUCCGUGCAAUUCAGCUCGGCAAAAUCAGAGCACACAAUAUCAAUUUAUUUACUGUGCAAUCUGUAAAUAGUAGAACAUGGAGUCAUUAAAUUGCAACUGCUAAAAAAAAAACUUGAAAAUUUAGUACUGCCAGUCAAAAGUCCAAGUGAGUUGCAUUUACAUAAAAAUAGGCUAACAAAAAAAAUAUCUACACAGCGUCAUACAAGACCGCAAAAAUAUGGAAAUUCAAAUAGAAACAGUAUCUUUUAGCAAAAAGAGAAAAUCUUUAAAAUAAAAUCAUAAUAGCCGGCAAAUGGAAUAAUCAACAGACAUCAAAACGAAUUCGAAUUAAAUUUUAAACUGCGGGAAGCUUAAAACCGAUUUUGUAAACUACAACUGGGUGAAAAGUUCAAUACAAAUACUUUUAUUUACUUUUCACCUUCAUUUGUGAAAGGUGAUUACCGAAAAAUCAUCAGCCAACUAUAGCAAAACUUUCUCCCAACUUGCGGAUGAAACAAAAAUGAUACAAAUUCCUUUUUGCUUUCUUUUUUCGCUCUAAAAUUAUAAAAUCGAAAUGGGUUGUAAAAACAAUCAGUUGUACAGAAUUCUUUGCUUGCUUUCGAUUGUUAGUAAAACCCUUGAGCACUCAGUGAUAUUGUAAAAAUACACAAAAUAUUUAAUUGCACAGCAAAGUAUAAAAGAAGGGGGAAUUAUCUUUAAUCCAAUACUUGUUUAGCUCUGUUAUGAAAUAUUUGAGUAAUAAAUCCACAUAAUUGAUACUUUUAACAAACAAAAUAAAAACGUAAUAUGUGAGCAUUAAAAAUGAAAAAUGUAUCAGUAUUUUAUUUGAAUAAUUGCAAGCGGAAGCAAGGAAUUUAGUAAAAUAAAAUAAUUUCGUUUUUGAAUGAAGGUUACAUAAAUUUCUCUUAGCGAUAAAAACUAUUUAAUGGAUAUUAAAGAUUUAAGGACAUUGUAAAUAGAUAAACAGAGUAAACCAAAGAGUUUAGAAAUUUAAUUUGAAAUAAAUGUGUUUAAAACAUAAUCGAAAAUAUUUAUUAGAAUAGUGAAUAAUAUCUGCAUUUUUAUGAAUGGGUUACUGUGGCGUUGAGUAAGAUACAUCUAUAAAUGGUAUUUCUUAUUUAAUUAAUGAUCUUACUUUUAACUAUGUAUAAUAAAAAAAUAGUUUUAAAAAUAGUUAAGGAGUUUUAUUUAGUCCCCGAACAAACUCAGACCACCCACGCAUUUUUCAAGUAUCCACCUAGAUAUAAACAAAGAUGUACUGGUAAUCCAAAACCAAAUAUGAUCAAAAUAGCCAAUAACUUUAGUCUAAGUCUGCGACUAUAUUAAACUGUCCAUUUUCGUUCUAUAAUUUUUACUCAAACUAAAUGUAAACUAUUAAAUCUGCUUUUAAAAAAAAAAAGAACCGAGAGAACAGAAAUGUUCACGCCAGGCGAUUGAAACAUUUUACUGACCUUUUUAGUGCGAAACCAAAAGUUUAAACUAAUUUUAAUUGUAAACCUAGACAGUAAUGAUAUACGAUAUAUUAUACAAUGU